GCCAGCCAUCCAGCCACCAUCUCCUCCCCUUCCUUCCCUCCUCCACCCUCCCCUUCCUUCCCCCAUCCUCCAUCUCCAUCCUCCAUCCCGCUCUCCGAUCUGCGCAGCUAUUAAAUUCACACAAUAGCACCGUCUACCCACCGAGUCCCGUGGUGUUACGGAUAGUCGAUCAUCGCAGAGCACACUGGUGAUGCCCGCCUGUGCUGCUACAGCCUCUCCCAAAGACAGGGGACGUGUGAGUGGAAAACAUAUUGUCACCAGCCAAGCAGUCUCACUUGGACACCGUGGUCAUGCGACCUUCGGCCCUGAGCGGAAUUCCUGUCAGAAAAGUUUUCUGUAAGAACUUAUUGAGGAGCUAUGUGAGAGAAUAUAGUGGUGUGAUGACAAAUCAAAACAGUGAGAUGCUGGACUUUCUGCCGUUCGUAAAGUUUUUUGCCUCUCUUCGUUUCGAGAAACAUCUGCGGAAAAACACUCUUCUGUGGAGGAGGACGGAGACAGCUUGUCUGUACAGCCAGGAGCUGAUCGGACAUCGUGUGUAUUGAGAAAGUGGCCAAAAAAAGACUCUCUAAUGAUGUUGACAAUCCAGCAGCCAUUACAAUUUAGCAGCCCAUAGCAACGCCGGUCUGUUCUCGAGGAUAGAAGUGCUCCCGUUAUACUUCAAAAGGGACACAGAAGAACUCCAUGGUCACGUGACAACAACAGUCGCAGUCCACCGCGCGUUCUGGUUCAUGACCGGACUUCCAGCUGUCGAGAAAUAAUGGAUCCCAGAAUUAAAUGGUUCCUGCCAAUCCAGGAAAGCAAACGCGUGUUAAGAGGAUGGGAUCGCCAGUAUGAUCGACUUUGCUUCUUCAUCACAAGACAGUGACGGUGGGGCAAGCGGCUGUCUCGCUCAUUUGCCCCUCGACAGAGUCAGAAACGACUCUCGGCCUCGCCAAGAUUUUGUCUUGGGGAAAUUCAAUUAUUUACUCGUCAGCGCGGCUGCAAAGACGGAGCGAAUCAGCUAAGCUCUUUUUUCUUUCAACUUACACUUUUGCUGUAGUCGGGAGGAAUGGUAGAGUGUGGCGACAAUGGUCUGAUGCCAGCUUCAGUUCUCGUUGCCAUUGACAACUUAACGGACCGAAAAGAGUCGGAUAACGAAAUGCUUCUGCAUUCUUGUUAGGAAGACAUUCACAACUUUCUAGUAUUUCAACCGACAGCUGUUUCGUUUUAUUUGUCUUGAAAUUUACUGCAGCUGCCAGCAUGAUUACAAAAAUAAGUUCUUUGCAACGGAAGGAAAUUUGAGUAAGAGGUUUGUGUGUGUCCGCAGGAAAGUUAAAGCAGAGUCUGAAGAUAGAGACAAUAAAGGAUCGUCUUCACUUCGAUGACAAGCUUCAUUUCCUUUGAUGUAUUCGCAUAUCCAUACUAAAGAUAUAGACGGGACGAAGAGAUGAAUUUCAGAUGCUGAGAACAGGACCACUGCUGAGGACCAAUUACUUUGACUAUCAUCACCAGCCACUACAUCGCACUUUAACCUGAGAGAAUAAGACAGAAAUUUACAAGCAAAUGAACGAGGGAGCCGACGAAAAAGGAACGAUGGAGAUGGAGUUUGACGAGAACAAUCUCAGUGCUGACCACCUGGCAUUGAAUACCCACUCACCCCUGAUGGUGUUCCACCUGUGGUUCAUGGGGGUCCACGGGUACGCCAGCGUCACGGUGUGUGUGUUCGGCAUCUUCACCAACAUCUUCAACAUUACUGUCCUUGUCCGGCGGGACAUGCGAACUCCCACCAACGUGCUGCUGCUGUGGCGCGUGUCUGACAUCCUCACCAUGGUUCCCUACAUCCCUUUCGCCAUCAACUUUUAUUGCCCGCCCUCCGUCCCGUUAGAUGCACCUGAGCGCUUUUCCUACGGGUGGCUUUUGUACAUGCUGGUCAUGAUCAACGUGGUGGCCACCACCCACACCAUCUCCAUCUGGAUCGGGGUGUCCCUGGCGGCGUUCCGCUUUGUCCAGAUCAAGUCCACCACCCGCGGGCCGCUGGCCAAAGAGCGGAGGAUCAAACAGGCCAAGGUGAUCACUUUCCUUGUGUACGCCCUGUCCUCUCUGAUCAUGAUCCCAAACUAUAUGACCAACGAACUGCAGGCCGACGGGACAGCAAUCAACAACCAAACCUACUACAAGAUCAAGGACCUGCGGCUGGCCACCAACGAGACGGAGGACAUUACUCUGGCCAACGUCAUCACCUACGCCCUCGUCGCCAAGAUCAUUCCUUGCCUCCUCAUCUUGGUCUUCAGUGGCUCACUCCUGUACCACAUGAGCAUCAAGGGCAAGAGUCGGCGGAGGAGGCUGGCUACGGCCUCCUGCAGCAAGUCCUCCAAGUACAAGAAGCAGGCGACGACCACCCGGAUGCUGCUGGUGGUCAUCAUCCUCUUUCUCAUCACGGAGCUCCCACAGGGGAUUCUCAUCCUCCUGAGCACCAGAGUCCCCGGCUUCUACUACAACGUGUACUACCCUCUCGGAGACCUCAUGGACUUCAUCGCGCUGGUCAACAACUCCAUCAACUUCGUUCUCUACUGCAUCAUGAGUCAUCAGUUCCGCUCGCGGUUCGUCCACAUGUACUACCGGCGACGAGCCAAACUCAAGUCCGUCAGCGAGUCCAUGACAUCAGAAAAGUUGACGUUGCGCGAGCAGCCCACGCGAACUACUGGUGCGGAGUGAACGGUGCUCAGUGUCUGUUUUCCUUUGAUAACUGAUGGCGGAACAUCAACCACCGUGCUUGGAGACAUGUAUUCAUAACCUUUUACUGAGAAAAUUCAAUUAUUGUAAUCUGAAUAUAACAUUUACAUUUCCUUUUUAUUCUAAUUUCUAUAUUUGUAUCAGAUUUAAAGGCAAAGGGGGAACAUUCGGAUAAGUUGAACUUAGUGCGAGAUAUUAUUUCCCCAAAUCUGUCUCGUUGCUCGUCGUAAAACACCAAUCCCACCCACGACCAAACUUGUCUAUGCAUGGCGAUGUCUGUAGGCGUGUAUAUAUCCAUCGGAAUGAAUGUAUUCACCCAUAUUGUGAGAAGCUUGAAAUUAGAAAAUCAUUUUAAAAAAUCAUUACUCAGUCAUUAGAAAAAACAUUGCACCCGCUGGACCUUUAAGGCUGUUGAGUGAAUGUGUUGAGAAAUAUCUUUUAUAAUACAGUAUUUCAAUUUUUAAUUUUCAAUAAUUUAUUUUUAAUAUUCAUACUAUAUUUAUUCUUAUUAAAUUUUAAAAUGUUUUGACAUUCCUUGAAGUACAAGUCUUUAAUCUCAUCAGAGACACAGUCAUGUGAUUAAAAUGAAGAGUCGAACUUAAAAUAUUCCUUGCUCAUAAAUGGUGAAAAAAAAAAUCGCAAGAGCAAGAAAACACACCCUCAUGAUCAUACUAGAAAGAGAGGGUGAGCGAGAGAAAGAAACAGCAUGUGUUACUGCAAAUGAAAGAAAAUACAUAUUUGUCAACAGUGAGGAGACAAGACGAAACCAUUUUGUUAGAUGUGAGCAACAUCAAUCAGUCGUUAAACUCGUUUCAAAAAUAUUUUUGUGUUUUAAAUGUGUGGAAUAAAACGUCAACGCUUUUAAAAAAGCUUUUAAGAAUUUUACGAACCUACCAGGAUGUUAAAAAAGACAAGAGUGUAGGAACUUACUGACCUGCCUGUGUGAGCGACAGCAACGUCCAAAUUGCCCGGUGAACAUGGUUGCUAUGCGCGCCACCGCGGAUCCAAGGUGGUCGUGACGGAGGCCAUUGCGAUCAAAGGACGUGGAAGUCUCUCAUAAAACAAUCACAAAAGAGAAACAACUGCUGUCAAUGAUAUUGUGUCACAUCAACAACUCUGAAGUGGCAGACACGCCAAUCGCGGAAAUGGUCUGGCACUAGGGUGUCCGCGCUGACUCAGAUGUAGCGUUGGGUCGAUCGGAGACGAGAUAUUCAGGGUUUGACACACAAAGCGGGGACAUGGCAUGGCAACAAUUAUAUAUAUAUAUCUUUAGCUCUCCUGGCAUGAAGGAAAAUGUGGUGUUUGAGGAUUUUCGCAUUCAAAAGUCAAGGAGCGAGAUACUACCUUCUCCUCCUUUGUUUUUCUUAGAUGUCAGCAUUGAGCUCUCGGCAUGUGAAAAUGUCUUGACGUCUAGACACCAUCUUGGCUCCUGAAAACUGUUGAUAAAUAUUCAAUUAAAUGUAUUUACUGGGUUUGUUGCUUAACUAUGCCAACCUUUCUAAUGUCAUCAAGCAGAAACAGCGAUAACCAGUUUAAUAGGAUACGAUCUCGUCCGCUGCAAAGAUGAUAUCAGGUGUCGUCUGCUUUUGCAUAUUCCUCAUUCUAGUCAAGAAAACAACAGGAACUGUGAACUCUGGGCCCGAACUGAGCUGUUAUCAAGUCUUUGGGUGGGUUUAACGAGGGUUUCAACUAAAAACAACUGUGUAGAAAAAGAUCCAGACUUACUGUGAUAAAUUAGGGUGGUACAACACAUUCAUCAACGUCCUUGCUUCGUGUAAGGAAAGAUCUUCACAUCUGCCUCAAGAUUACCUGAUGUUUCCCACCGGACUACUGUUUUCUGUCUUACAGACAAAACUGGAGCACUGGUUUCAGUGAUGACGUAAAUUUGGUCCAUUUUUCUUGAUGGAACAUGGGAAAUCCUUCGAGAUGUUUCGAGACAUCUCCCGAGAUGUGUAAUAUUCAUAGUUAUGUGUCUGCGCCGUAAGACCUUUCCAAAAUAUUCCUAGUAUGCUGGCCAAUCCUAAUAAAAAGUUCAAGUGCCGCUGGACAAGAAGCAAAGCUUUUAUGCAUGUUUCCAUGAAAAAGAAAAACAUGUCUGCGAAAUGUCUUUGCCGCUAUGUCAAACCUUCUUUCCUGAAAAAAAAAAAGUUCGAUGAGCAGUGAUUAGCAGUGCAUGAUGGGGGAUCGUGUUCGCAAAGGGAGCUCAGAAUGGACUCCAGACACAUCGCAUUCAUGAAACUUUAUCAGCCCUCGGUGAACCCGUGGUGAAUAUUGUUUACACCAAAAUGCGCUUACAAAGCCAAAGCUAGUGUCUGACCAUGUAGAGUCUGCGUCCACAUCACUUUGUGUUCGAUGUGAUACCCGAUCCCAGACACCACCAUCACCGCCACUAGCUCUUCCAUCUCGUGCUAAUCGUCGUCUUGAACCAGUCAUCGUCCACAGACUCAUCAAAUGAUCGAUUGAACAGAGAAGAUUGAGACUAACUGAAGGGUCGCGAAUGAAUUUUUGGUGAUUGUCUGACAUUUGAUAAGAAACACAGACCUGGGAGAGCAGACGGCAAACCGUCAUUUCGCGAGAUGCGAAGACAGACAGAUGGAUGCUAUACCAUCAUAGUUGUUUGGUUCAAGAACUAGAUUGCGCUGAUGCUGUUUUUCGCUUAUUUUUGUAAUAAUUUGUCAAGGAAGGAAUGGAUGAAGGUUUUAUGAAGAAAACAGUGUCAUGUCAUAUUUUACUACAAAUAAUCAGUGAAUUUGUUUACGGCGUGUGGGGCAACUACUUGAAGAUUCUGACAUUUGUUGGCAUAAUACUUCGUUCCAGUGUGCACUUUGUUGACAGGAAAAAACGUGAUAUUGGAGGCUGUGACAAAAAAUAUAAAAUUGUAAAAAAUAUUACCCGAUAAAAUGCUUUGGAGUUGAAAUAAUUUCUACUUAACACUCGUGUACAAGUUUGAGUGUUGUAUUUUAGGAAGGACGAAAGAGUCGAUGAUUUGAAUUGAUAACAUAUUGAUGCCACAUACGGCGUUGCUGUUAAUCAGAUGCUGGCUGCAUUUUCACAGACGAUAUGUUAUCGACAUGAUAAGUGAAAUAAAUGAAUGUUCAAAGUGAA